GUUGCUUUGCCUUGGGCUAAAACCUCCAACAUCGCCAAAAAUCUGUAUGGCCGUUGAUCUCGACUGCUCUCCUAGUCAGGGCGGUAUUGCCGUGAAAGGAAAGGAAACAGUUUGGAGGUGACAGGAACUCUUGUAUUCGUCUUCCACCUUUCCACGACCUCAGGUUGCCGCUCCCAGAUGUGAGACCUUGUCGCAUCAUCCUCCGCUAGAAGCUCUCACUCCCACGCUCGUUUUCCAGAUUGCCUUCCCAAAUCUUUAUAUCAAAAACUUAUAAUACGAACUUCGAUAAGGCAUUGUCAACAUGUCGUAUUACCGAAAUGGUCAGAAUUUUCAUUUCCAGCAGACCGCAACUGCUUUCCCUCCUCCGCCUCGAUCAGGCGGACUUCAGUCUCCCACACAGCCAUUUCUUGAGCGGUCCCCUAGUUUUGACCGUGGAGAUGACGCUUCAUAUGUUGGCGAGAGCGCCGGUAGGCCUUCUGAAUAUGGCACAAUGAUGGGUGGAAAUGAGGUGCCUCGGAGCAACCAAAAUACUCUGGGAAUUGCAGAGGAGCCUUACAUGGGCGGCUCAAACCCACCAUCCGGCCAUCCCCCUCCGGCGCCAUACAUUCCCACUGGGCAUCAACCGCAAUACCAGGCUACAUCGCCACCGGGAGGUUAUACCGCCUAUUCUUCGCAGCAAUAUCCUGUCCCGCCUUCCGAAUAUAAUCCGGCAGCGUACGGCUCGGUGAAUGCCACUCAGGGGCCGGUUCAUCAGCCAUACAAUCCAGCUGCGUAUCGUUCUUCGAGCUUUUCUUAUCAGGCAACAUCCCCAAACAGUGUAUAUGGAGCAUCCCCGACGAGUUUUAUAUCUUCCACUUCCUACCCCUCACCGGCGCUUGCAUACGUUCCCCAGACACCGCCCCAACGCCACGACUCUCAGUACAGCCAUCCGAGUAGACCGUCUCCAUAUGUAGGAAGUACGUCAGCGCCUUAUGCUCCGUAUCAGCCCAUUUCGACAACAUAUGCCUCCUACUCCCCAGAGUAUGCUGCGCACCCUCCACAGUCUGCCCGGCGAGGUAGCGACUAUUUCGAUAUUGACGAGUACUACGCCGCAAAUUCUCCGCAGAGGUCCAACUCACAGUCUUAUUCUCUACAUUCACCUGCAUCUAGCUUUGACAGUAAACGUAUGAAUCUGCAACAUCACUCACUUCCUUCGCCGCCUCAACAUGGUAGCCAGACUGUGGCUGGCGUGAAUGGGCUCUCUGGCGCUGGACCUGGAGAUGAUGUGCCUCCAAUUCCUCCGCAGCACUCGCCGCAACGAACGAAUACAACGGGCAGACAUCCUCAAUUACGCCCCUUGCCUGGGCCGCCCCCUGAUGCAUCGAUCCGCUCGGACCUGGGCGUCUCGAAUGGGGGAUCCGCUGCGCCAACAAUGCAGGGUAUGGUGCAAGAUAACGUUUGGACAGAAGUAGAGGAGGAGCUCAUGAGGGCGGAUAGUCGAUCCCGUGGUCGACGUCGAAGCCCUGUGGCGCCGAUGGGCCGCCAUUCGCCCAUUCAUGAAGAAGCCGAGCCAGAUCCGCUCUUCGCCAGCAGCAUCACCGCUCCAACUGCCAGCCACCACAUUUCGGAGAUUGACGAAGACUUGACGAAUGGGAUUGGCAGCAGUGAUGCGUACAGCGAGGGCAGCGAUGCCGAAGCGGCGGCCGGGCUCGCUGCGCUACGCAUGGAAGAGGAACGUGAGAUGGCCGAUCGGGCUCAUGGACGGGCCGCAGACUAUCGCCUGUUUCCGGGCUACGGCCCAGCCGCGCCGGAAGAACACCCUGUGGCUGGCCAUGAAAGCGAUAGUGACUAUGCUCACGUAGACAUGGGAUUGUAUGGUGGGGGCUAUGACGUCCAACUUCACUACGGGGACGAUCCAUCCAUCAUUGCAGCUCACACUCAAGAAGAUGUUGGACCAUUGGAAACUCCACAGCGACCGUUACCAAUGCCCGAUGUUCCCUGGAGUACCGACGAGCGCUUUCACGAGGGCAUUUACGAUGACCUUGGACAGUAUGGCCCUGACAGCACUGGCGCAGAUGGUUUUGGGAUGGGCGGCCUUUCGGAACCUACGCCGGAGAGACGCAGACUAAGCUUUGAGGAAGGAGACGAAGGUACUCUCGUAGAUGCACAGGGAUUUCCCAUUUCGCCGAGCGCACUUCCUUCCCAAGAAUAUCCCGAAUUGUUUUACCACCCCGGCAUGUCUUCCCAACGGCCCUUGCCUUCGGUUUCAGCAGCUUCGACAGCAAUCGCCCCGGAGCAGCAUGAUGCUCUAUUCGAUAUUUACGAUGCACGAGCCGAGAUACCUCCUAGCACCGAUACCUUAUCCUAUCUCUCAACAGCUGAUAGCCGAGCAUCAACGCUUGUUACUCCCUCAGGAACCAUGGUUCCACGAUCUUCGUCGUUAUCAAGCUAUAGCAGCACCCCACAAGCGAUUCCCCCCAUUCGGUCAAAGACUGAUGCGGAUGAGCGGCCCUUCCGUCUCUCGAGACAGCAGCAAAUGAACGUUCGUCUGGCUGGUUCCAAGACGGACUCCGUUUACGAUAGCUCUGCCCCACAAAGCACGGUGGCGCUGGAUCUUCCCGAGAUACCAAUGGGCAAGGUGCUUAAUCCGGCCAAACUUUCUACGUCAGAUUUCAAGAAGUGCUCAGAGCCUUGGGCGUUAAGCUCUGUAGUCUCCUGGUUGAGGCAAAUGAGUGAAGGGUCAACUGACCUGAAAGAACAAACGGUAGUAGAUGGAAUCGUGGCAUUAUUUACACACAAAGUGCCAACAAUGAAUGUUGCCGAUGCCGAAACGCUUGCAGCGCUUAUAGUUAAGCAAAUGCUAAAGCACGGAGUUCUUGUCUACGAUGAAGAAUGGGUUAAAUUCACAUCAGAAACAAUGUCCGGCGUGAUCUAUCAACUCACUGGGACCGGUUGCUACUCUCCCAGAGUUCAUAUGACCAAUGAGUCCGGACGCUGCUAUGCUUCGCACUGUCAAAGGACCCUCAAGAAGGUCAACCUUCAAGCGCACGCUCUGGAACCGCAAAAGAAGCUGGAAGACUGGGUCACGUUUUAUAAGAUCAAGAUGGAGGAUCUGGAGGGAGUGAAUAAGAAGGAGAUUGAGCGUCAAAAUAUUCUACAUGAGAUUGUCCAGACAGAGGAUCAAUUUAUGGAUCAGCUUGACGUUGUUCGUCAGCUAUAUCGCGAUCAACUGCGUGUCUGCAAUCCGCCCAUAAUUUCGCCAAAGCGAAUCCAGCAGUUUCUCUCUGACGUCUUCGGCAAAGUCGACGCGAUUCAGAAGGUUAAUGAAGAUUAUUUACUCGCGCAGUUAAAAUAUCGCCAACAAGAGCAGGGCCCUUGGAUUGUGGGCUUCAGCGGAAUUUUUCGCGAAUGGAUACGCAAGGCCAAGGCAGCUUAUAUUGAUUAUGCUGCAAGCUUCCCCAAUGCAUCAUUCCUUAUUCGUAAAGAGUCGGAGAGGAACGUUCUUUUUCGUCAAUUCCUUGACCAGAUCAGCAAGCAUGAGCGAUCCAAGCGACUCGGCUGGGACACAUAUGUGAAGGCGCCCAUCACCCGGUUGCAGCGAUACAGCUUGCUUCUCGGAACUGUGCACAAGAAUAUGUUGCAAGAAACGGAAGAGAAGAGUAAUCUUCUGAUCGCAAUGGGUGAGAUCAAAGAUGUGACCUUGGAAUGCGACGCCCGUGUCGCAGAGAUGUCCAAGAAAGUUGAUCUCCUCGAGCUUGGCACGAAGUUGGUGUUGAGACCCGGAAUGGAACGAGUGGAACUCAACCUAAAUCAUCUUGGGCGUGAGCUCAUAUUCAAAGGGGAGCUUCAACGACUUGGAGCGAACCGAUUUACCUGGCUCGAUACAUACGCGAUGUUGUUUGAUCAUUAUCUGGUCCUUGCGAAAAUAAUCACGGUGAGGGAUGCGGUAGGCAUCAAGCACGAUAGAUAUGACGUCUCGAAGCUUCCCAUCCCUAUGGACCUUCUAGUGCUUGAAAGUACAAGUGAUGACCCGGUAGUGAAGUCUUCUGUCAAGGGCAUUGGUACUGCGACAGCCGUAAGCACUCGCCCUCAGGCGCCGACGGCGACUGUCAGCUCGGCUAGUGGACUCACUCAAACGACAUCCAAUUCAUCGGCCAAUGGGGUUAUGGUCACCAAUACUGUGCUUGAAGGUUACAAGGAAGAGAAGAUCCUCUAUCCAUUCCGGCUCAAGCAUCUUGGCAAGUCCGAAGUGUACACACUAUAUGCACCGACGGCACAGAGCCGGCAAGAUUGGUGCGAGAAGAUCAUUGAAGCAAAGACAAAACAUGCUGCUUCCCUGUACGCUCAGAAUGCUGAGCCGUUCCGACUGCGGGUAAUGGCUGACACAGCCUUUGCAUAUGAUUCUCUAUACGGCGGCUCCAAGAGCGUUAUUAUAAGUGGCACGCCCCUUGAUCGUGCCAUUCGUGAAGUGGAACAAGAAUUUGAACACAUCCCAGGUCCGCGACCGGGGCCUGUCUGCAGGGCCUCGGUCAAUUGUGCUACCACCUUCACUCAGUCUAACGGUACUCAGAUGGUGGCGGUGGGAACAGAUUAUGGAAUCUACUUGGCGGAGCAUGCCAACCCCCGGGGAUGGAAUAGGAUCAUCAACAUCCCACGGGUAUCGCAGGUAGCUGUGCUUGAAGAAUUCAGCUUGAUGUUGCUGAUCUCAGAUAAAUCAUUGAUAGCGUACCACCUUGAUGCGGUUUGUCCUGUCAAUGGUACACCGCCUCCGAAUGACUCUGCUCGACGUGCGCCGCAGAAAUUGUCCGGUACUCGAGAUGUUGGCUUUUUUGCAAUGGGGCAUAUGAAAGAUCGUAUGCUUGUCUUUUAUAAGAAGCGGGAGGGUCUCUCAUCUACCUUUAAGGUCCUUGAGCCCAUUUUUCAAAAGUCAACCGAGAAGAAACACCGCUUUCUGCGUAAAGGCGCGACGGAGUUCUUCCGCGAAUUUGACGAGUUCUAUAUCCCCACUGAAUGCUUUGGCCUCAACCUCUUCCACUCGUCUCUUUCCAUCUCUACGCACCGCGGCUUCGAGGUCCUUACCCUUGACAAGAAACAACCCUGGUCCGUACCCGACCUCAAAGCGCCCCAUGUCGCCACUAUUGCCAGCCGCGUCCGCGACCAGAAGCCUCUUGGUAUGUUUCGUCUCAGCGAGACCGAGUUCCUGCUCUGCUACGAAGAAUGUGCCGUCUACGUCAACAAGCAUGGUGAUGUGUCCAGAUCGGUCAUUAUGGAAUUUGUGGGCAAAGCAAAGUCGGCAGCGCUUUUCGGCCCCUAUAUCCUCUUAUUUGACCAAGAUUUUGUCGAGAUUCGCAAUGCACAGAAUGGGCGGCUUAGACAGGUCAUUGCUGGAAAGGACGUGCGGUGCCUAGACGACGCGCAGCAUACUGGCGGCGUCUUUUCCGGAGGCAAGCGCUCAGUUAAGGUUGCUCUGCAACAUCCCGAGAUGGAACGCAGUCAAAUCGUUGUGGAACUGUUACUCAAUGAAGGCUUGAAGGAGUAGUAAUCGUACUACUCUAGCGUCUUAUGGAAGGCUCUACGAGCCGCCGAUCCCUGGGCAAUAAGCAGUCUUGAUCUCUCUGCAGUCUUUCGCGCAGCGCAAUCAUAUGAAAGUCGUCUAGCGCCAUUUCCCUCCAUAUUUCAUCUCAUCUGCUCAUUCAGGGCUUUUUAUUAAUUUCGUUUUUUUAUUAUCCAGAUUUUUUAGAAUCUACCUGAGGUUUGAGGUGCAAUGUUCAAGGUACAUUGGAAUGGAGCUAGGAGCUGGUCUUGACAAGGUUUCAAUGGGUUGCAUAUUAAAUUUCUCAUCGAUUUAUUUUCUCUUAUCUUCGUCUUUAUCCUCUGUCUUACUUUGUGUUUUCUUCCUUCAUUGUAACCUUUUUUUUGGCCGCAUUUGCAUUGUAAGGUCUUGUUUGGCCACAUUGUUUGGUGCCUCCACCGCCCGCCGGGC